AUGAAUUUAAUAUUAGGACCAGAAGUCCAAGUAUUUUGUGUGAUCUAUUUAGAUGAUCUAGCCAUUAUUACAACAGGAACGUUAGAUAAACAUUUGGAGCACAUUGAUAUUGUUUUAAGUAAAUUGAACAAAGCUGGCUUAACGUGUAACUUGCAGAAAUGUGAAUUUAUUUGUAAAGAAAUUAAAAUGCUGGGUUUUAUAAUUUCAACAGAAGGCAUAAAGACAGAUCCCGAUAAGAUUCGAGCGAUCCAAGAGUUUCCAGCACCUAAAAAGAUUAAACAAUUAAGGGCCUUUUUAGGCCUAUGCAAUUUUUAUAGAAGGUUUAUACCAAAUUACAGCGAGAGCAUAAUACCGCUCUGUGAAUUACUUAAAAAGGGACGAAAGUUCCAAUGGAGCGGUAAAGAACAGAAGGCAUUUGAUUUUAUAAAACAACAAUUUAUUAAUACAAUACAAUUGCAUCAUCCAGACUUUAAUAAGCCGUAUCAUUUACAAACAGAUUGUUCCGGUGUGGGUAUGGCCGGAGUACUAUAUCAGAUAGAUGAUAAUAAUGAAAUGAGAAUUUUAGACUAUCAUAGUAAAGCCUUAAAAGGCCCCGAAUUAAAUUGGUCUGUUACUGAACAAGAGUUUUAUGCUGUAAUAAGCUGCCUAAAGAAAUUUGAAACAUAUUUGAGGGACAGUAAAGUAAUAAUACUAACUGAUCAUAAAGCAUUAUUGUUUAUUAAUAAUAUGAAGUUAUUCAAUGGUAGAGUAACCCGAUGGAUUUUGUAUAUAGAACAAUUUAAUUAUGAAGUACAGCAUAUAUCGGGUAGACGUAAUAUUGUUGCAGAUGUGCUAUCACGUUAUCCUCCUGAUGGCGAUUUAAUACAAGAGGAUAAAAAUAAUAGUUUAGAAAUUGCUUACACAGAGAGCGAACCGAAUAUUGAGUUGAUAGAAAAAUUAAAAUCCUUAUCAGUAUAUCAAUUACAAGAUUCAGAGUCGUUGGCUAUUAUUGAAAAGUUAAAGACAUUAAAUACUUCCAUAAUAAAAUAA